AGCCUCAAUUACAAGCACAUGCAUCACUCCUGGCUUCUUUUUAUGGCUUCUGGAAGACAGAACUUGGAUCCUUGUACUUGCACUGAGCCAUGUUCUCAGCCCCCACCAGCCUUUGAAACCAGUACGUGGUCCCAUAAUUCGUAAAAAUCAGUCUUCUACUGAGGGUGCCUGGAUUGUACUUGCCAUGAGUGACAGUUACCCUAAGGCUUCCAUGCCCUCAAGUUCUUACACACAGUGCCCUGCUCUGGGAGGGGUAACCAAGUUCUAGAUGUGGCUAGCACCGGGACUGCCCAGUGGAGGUGGGGCAGAUGGGACCUCAGGGGUGGAUGCCAUGUUUAUCCCUUCCCAUCCCAGCAAAUCGCCAUCGCUCGGGAAGGUGACCUGCUGACCAAGGAGCGGCUCUGCUGUGGCCUGUCCAUGUUCGAAGUCAUCCUGACCCGAAUUCGGAGCUACCUGCAGGACCCCAUCUGGAGGGGCCCGCCACCCACCAAUGGCGUCAUGCACGUGGACGAGUGUGUCGAAUUCCACCGGCUGUGGAGUGCCAUGCAAUUUGUCUACUGCAUCCCUGUGGGGACCAACGAGUUCACAGCUGAGCAGUGCUUCGGGGACGGCUUGAACUGGGCAGGCUGCUCCAUCAUCGUCUUGCUGGGCCAGCAGCGGCGCUUUGACCUGUUCGACUUCUGUUACCAUCUGCUGAAGGUGCAAAGGCAGGACGGGAAGGAUGAAAUCAUUAAGAACGUGCCCCUGAAGAAGAUGGCUGACCGCAUCAGGAAGUACCAGAUCUUGAACAAUGAGGUUUUUGCCAUCCUGAACAAGUACAUGAAGUCCGUGGAGACAGACAGCUCCACUGUGGAGCACGUGCGCUGCUUCCAGCCCCCAAUCCACCAGUCACUGGCCACCACCUGCUAGACAGAAAGUCCCGCAGCCCUCCAACCUGGAGGAGGAGGAGGAGAAGCAGGAGAGGAAACACCGUGGUCAGCCUGCAGCAGGCCCAGCUGACGGUGUGUGGAACUGGCCUAGAAGGAAAAGAAAACCUCCCCAACACAUCUGCACCACUCCCAAGGCUGGGCUCCCGCAUGUUCUCCCGUGAUAUCUCCAUGGUGGGUUUUCCAUAGUGUAAAUGAAAAACAACAAAAACACAGGGCAGUGUGUGUUUUCUUUUUUCUUUUUUCUUUUUUUUACCUUGACUAUAUCUAAGAGCUAUUGUUUCCAUCCUGCGGCUCUCCGCCCCAUCUGUGUUGGCU